AUGAACAAUAAACAACCUCCAGGUCUUCCUGGAGAAGUAUCUUUAACGACUGGUCCAAAUGCUGACGAAGGUGGCUCUUAUCAAUUUCAUGGGAAUGCCAACAGCUACAUUGAGUUUCCAAAUGUUCAGGGAGGAUUAGACAUCUCGAACUCCAUUACAUGGUUAUUUUGGCUGUACCUUGACAAUGCAGUAAACGCGCCAGUACUUCAUUAUGGUGGAAAACUUCCAGUUUGGGGUGCUCAUAUCUGGACAAAACCGGAUGGAUGGUUCGCUAACUUCCACCAAAGAGAUUACACGCCCUCAAAGUCGGUGAUAAUCAAUCAGCCCCUGGAAAUAAACCAAUGGCAUCAUGUUGGUGCCUCUUAUGACAGUAAGACUGGAACGACCAGUUUAUGGCUGAAUGGAGAAAGAGUCGCCCAACAGAAUAUCGGGGUUAUCACUAUUGCUACUCAGGAUAACGUCAGUGUGGGUGUAGUGGAGGGGCAUACCACAUUUCUUACUGGGAGAAUCACCGCAAUACAGUUUUAUGACGGUGCAAUGACAGCCGAGCAAAUAGACAGAGUAAAAGAUUUCGGCUUAGGUGAGCAUUGAAAAUAGUUAACGUUGCAUGUUUGGAAAUAUAGAAAGUAGAAACGUGUUCUCAGACUUAACAGAGCCAUCUAAGUAGCUGAUAACAGGCUAAUAAAGUUUGGACUUCUUUAGCUUGGCAAUCUUUGUGUGCGAAACAGUCUUGCUGGAUCCCUAUCCUGAAUUAAUCAAUGAUUAAACUUAAAAUCAAGUAGGGUAGACUUAAAAUCGGGUCAUUAAUUUUGAGCCUGGUUUGCUUUCCAUGACGAAUUUCUUCCAGAGAUACUAAGUGGAAAUAGCUAGAGGUGAAGCAAAUUUUAGAAAUACCACAAAUUAUCGCUAGUGAAACGCUUUCAUCAAAUCCGGCAAGAUUUCCAACGUCAUUGUUUUUGAUCCACUGUCUUGGCCGAUACUCCCAUUCAUAUUUUGUUUUCACAGCUAUAAAGAUAGUUUUAUUUUAGGCCAUAAGUACAAGCAUACGUGGUGACGAUGAUGAUGAUGAUGAUGACGUUGAUUAUACUCAAGAAAUGGAUAUUCAUUUUCCCAUUUCUAUUUAUUCUCAGAUGAAGAUGAAUGUCAGGAUCAGAAACACAACUGCGACGUGAAUGCUCUUUGUAACAACACUUUUGGCUCAUAUAACUGCACUUGUGUAUAUGGGUACUCAGGAGAUGGUGUGAGCUGUCUGGGUACGUACUACUCUUUGAAAUGUAUAUUAUCACGUGAAUAUAAAACUACACGACCUUGAGUCUCAUAUUUUGGGUCAUCUAGUGGGUUGUCCAUAUGAUGCAAAACAAGGAAGGAGUUAUUUGAAACACUCGGCGAUCUAAGGUUACUUAGAUAACUUUUUACGUUCCCUUUUCCACAUUUCACCAAUCACUACAACAAACAGCACCGGGGGAAACUCACUAGUUUGAAUUACGAUCAUUACUAGAGAAGUCUGUUUUAGCCGAAAUAUUUUUGUCAUAGGGCAGGUACAUUUAAUCUUGAUAACCAAUGGCGUCUUUAACAUUAAAAAAAAUAUUUUUUUCACUCUCAGUUCUUUUCUUCUUUCGUUCAGAUAUCGACGAAUGCACCACAAAUGUGCACAACUGUGACCAAUUGGCUGUUUGUAACAACACUGUUGGAUCUUUUUACUGUACAUGCAUUGCAGGGUAUGAAGGAAAUGGCACAACUUGUGUAGGUGAGAGAUGUUUCCAUGUUCAGGUACCAUAAUCAGGCGUUGCCUCUCAUUUAUUAUGACCAUACAUUGCUAGGUUUAAGGAAGCAAUUUUUCUUUAGUUUAAAGCAACUGAUGAAGAGGCUUUUUUGGUGAACCUCAAACAAUUAAACUCCGCGAAAUUCACACUCGUUUCUAUGAUUCUAUAGAUAUCGAUGAAUGUGCAAUAUCAGCUCAUAACUGUCAUGGAGUUGCUCACUGUUUUAACAAUCCAGGAUCCUUCAGCUGUGAGUGUCGAAAAAACUACAUUGGUGAUGGGGUAUCAUGUGAGCCCGUUGGUAAGAUACAUGUCGAAUUACAGUGAAAUAAUAUUUAGCCGAAAAUUCGUUAUUAUCAUCAGUUUAUUAUCUUUAAAACCCUGGACAAGAGACAUUAAGUAAAAUGCACGAUUUUAUCUAGACCUUGAACAAAGAUUGCUGAAAUGGUAGCCAUGGUGUUAUUUUAAAAUAUUGAAGUUGAUGUAAAACAUAGGUAAAUUAAUCAAGAAUUAAACCGAUGUUACAAACGUUUCUUUUCUUUGGUGGUGAAAAAUGAUGCGAAAAACUCUGUUAACUAUAUCAUCCUCAGGAGAUUUCUCAGUGACCAUUAAAAGCAUUUCAAAAGACAAGUAUCAUGCCACACCUGUGCAUCGUUCAGUCAAAAGUGUCCAAGAAGCCCUUAUACAGGGUCUAAAUAAAGAUUUAACUGUACUGACAAGUACCUUUGAAUGGAGUGUGGUUAGCGAAAUGGAGCUAGCUUCCUCGGAGUCAGCAUCAGGAACUAAAGUUAGUCAAGGAACGACGGAGUGGACGAUAAACAAACGAUCCAUACCUGCUGGUAUCUAUCAAGUCAAAUUCAAUGCUACGAUUGCAGUCGGAGAUCCAGCAUCCCCAAAAAUUCUCAACGCCUUUGAUUAUGGCUUCAUCGAGGUUAUUCCAGCCCCCGUGCGAGCCAUUCUUGAUGGAGGAAGCAGUGUACGGUGGGGGUCCAAGCAAAACGUCACCGUGAAUGGCUCUUUAAGUUACGACGCAGAUAUUGGCCCUGGAAUACAUACCGGGCUCAAUUUCAGUUGGUCCUGUCGGAAUGACACUUCUGUAAGCAGCACUUGUUUCGAUUCUUUUCAAAACAAAGGAGACUUAAACUAUAGAAGCAUUUCUAUUGAUACAAGUAAACUUGAGAUCAAUAGGACCUUCUUCCUACGGCUGACAGUGUCCAAGGAUGUGAGAAGUUCCUAUGCCGAAAUGUCCUUUGAGAUAGCUGAAGGAGAGGUACCACAGGUGACCCUCAGGUAAUUGCUUUGUACCGUUGACUGGUAAUUAGAGAAAAUGUAAUACUCAAGGAAUCGGGAAAGGAAAGCUCUCAGAAAUAUGUAUAUUUAAAAAAAAGUUUGCUUUUACUUAUCGAAACAAAGCUUCCCAGAAGUAAACGUUCUUUUAACUGGAAAGGGAGACCCUAAGAAAGUUAUGCAGCGUUUCUAUGAAAGAGUAAAGAUGACAAUCCUGCUAAAAAAGUAGAGAAGUAAAAGUAAAGUGCUUUUAACGUUUAAAUGAUUAUUUCACUCUGUAGUCUCGCCUAACCUAUAUUUAGCUGUACGUAGAACUCAAAAAGGCUAAUCGUGCUUUGAUAAAACUACCCCGAAACUAUUACUGACUUGCUCUAUUAAAGACGAGCAGGUGGUGGUUUGAAAGGAUAACUCGCCAAUUUACAAAAGCUGUGUUUUCACUUUUGAAAUUGAGGGAGUUCUUUUAAUUAAGUCCCAUUUACUAGUGAUUUUACAGCUUUUCGUAUGUUGCUAUUCCUUUUUUGUUUCUUUUCCCCAGAUGCUUUCUAGAUUGUGGUGCGAUAGUGUCUGCUUCAAACAAGCUUCGGGUGACAUCAGAGUGUCUUAAUUCUCCUUGCAAUGGAUCUAUUUACGAAUGGCGUCUGUCCAUCCUUAACGGUUCAGACAGUUGGGAAAAUAUACCUAUUUUACCCAACAUGACUUCAACUGCUGUAAAUUCUACCAAUAUGAUAAUCAAGAAAAAUUCAUUACAAUCCAAAUCGAAGUAUAAUCUAACAUUAUUAGUCACAUCUUUGAAAGGAGCAUACGGGCUUUCUGUACUCCUCUUUGAAACCGCUGGAGAGCCGCAUAAUGGUUACUGCGCGCCGUCGGUUUCUGAAGGCGUCUCACUGGAAACUGAGUUUACUUUUAAGUGCUUCGAUUGGCAGGAUACGAGCCUACCACUGACAUAUGAAUUUGCACUUGGAGAGGAGCCUAUAUCUUAUGGCACGUCACCCUCGUCUGUCUCGACAGUGUUACCUGCGGGAUCGCCGAACGAAGAUUUCCACCAACAAGUCACUAUUGUUAUUAAGAAUGCGGUUGGAGUAUCCGUUGUAGAGAAAUUACUCAUCAAGGUACUGCAAUUGAUUAAGGGGAAGUUUUUGAAUAAAAUAACUAUUUACGCGAUUCAUAAAAACGUCACUUGAAAUCUUUGCAUUUUCCAAUUCGAUUUAUUAACGCUGUUUACAAACUCUUACAAAACGGUAAAUUUUUUCUGUGGGCUCGCUAACCUUUUUUCAUCCAGUUCUAUCUCAUCGGCGCUUGGAUCCAGUAAUGGCUAAAAGUUUAACUCAAACGCGAAAAAAGGUAUUCCAGUUACGAAAAUAUUACGAUAUAUCUCACUUAUCCCUUGCAGGUAAGGCCAUCAUCUGGCCUUGAUCCAUGUGCUUCAUCACCAGACGAAGUUGCAAUCAAGUUAAAAGGUUUUGUAGUCGGGGAAGGUAACAAGCUAGAUGAAUAUCUCAACAAGGGUGAACUCAGCCAAGCUGUUCAACUUGGUAUAUCCGUUUUCAAGUCUGCAAAUGAAAAAACUGAAUGUGGACAAGAAUUGGACCCUAACGACAUAGCUUUGGUAAGUUAAUGAAAUUGCUCAAAUACAGUCGGCAACAACACUUAAACUUUCGGAAUUAAGUUUUAUGUUUUCUCUUAGAACACGUAGCCAUUCCGAUUUUCGUUCAUUUUAUUUCCUAAGGCACACUUAAAAUAUGUGCAAUUAUUCGUUUUAUGAUAAAGUUCGAACAUAACGCGCGCUGUCAUUGGCUGAGAGAGCGUGCUCUAUCAGAGUACAAAGUACAGAGCUCUGCUUAGGCUGACACGCCGUCACACCAUCUGCCAAAUUGUCUAUGUCCGACCAUUUCUCGGACUUUGGUCUAGCUAUUUUUUUUCGUGAAUUGAAGGUGAAAUUUCGGAGGAAGUGAGCCGGCGAGUAAUAAUAGGAGAUAAAAACAAAGGUUUGUAAAAAUGCCAAGCGCCGUAAUUUACGUUAUUAUAACAUAAGCAGUGAAGAAAAUUCUCAAAGAGAAAACGAAUGGGACAGUCCGAGUAUUUAAGUUUUUCAUGCUCAAUUAGAUUGUAAGCUUACGGACGAUAAUAAAAACCAAACACGUCAACACUCGCAUAGUAUAGAAAGUUUCCUGUUAAAAACAACACAGAACAAAACAAGAAUGAUGAAAAAUAUAGCCUUACUGUCAUAACGAAGUCUUAGAACAUUCUAUAGAACAGUCUAGAACCCGAAGUCAUCUGGAAGUGACCUUCUGGUAAAAAGAACAUUCUGGAACGUUCUAUUUCUUACGUAGUUAUUCAAAUUUAGAAACCGUGUUAAUCUACUAAAUUUAGUUCUUUAGAGAAGUUUCUAGAUCCUUGUACUUUAUGUAUAUAAGAGCGACAGUUUCAUCAACACUGAGAGAAAAUUGCGAAGAUGCUUAGUGCUGUAAAGACGAGAAGUCAGCUACGUGGGAAUAAACCAGUUUGUUGCUGUUACCGACGAUCCUGAGUUUUGUCUAGGAACAACCCUGCUCUACAUCGACAUUCGUAACAACUAGAGACUAAAAAACUUCAAGCAAAAGUGUUAAAUUCGACCUACCGAUCUAUUUAAGGUUGUAAACUAUUUCAUAUUGUGAACUUUGAUGGUUUAAUAUUUUUGGCAGCUUUUGUCUUUUUUUAAACAUCAUUUGAACCAUCCUAACACGGAUUCUGAUUGCUUAUGGUAGCGUGCUUUAUAGGAGUAUACAGUAUGCUGACGACUCUCUUUUCGCUCUGGAAAUGAAGUUUGCUUUUAAAAUUGAAAGAAAUGCGUGGGGAGUUUGAACGGAUUUUCAUCAUGAAAAAAAAAAGAAAAGACUUCACGGUGGUCUGUUCUGUUCUAAAGCAAUUAGGAUGUGGCCAGAGCACUCAAGAAGUGGAGAGAAACACUCAAUUAAAACUCCAAUUUCUCCCUACACCUCUUUCGUGCUCUAGCCGCUUUCUGCGAGCUUUACAACAGAACAGAGCACAGUCAAAGCCUUUUCGAUUUGUUAAUGAUGCGCGCCAUUUCUUUUUGUUGCUAGAUUUCCAACACAUUGAUAUCGAAGUUUACAGCUAUAACACCAGAGAAUCUUGAAAUGUCUCGCUUGGUUAUGUCUGUAGUAGGCUUGGCCAUGGGAGUGGAGGCAGACGGUGGCGGUAAUAGCAACAACAACAAUAUGGUAUGCCACUUUUUUUUUCUUUUAAUCCUUUUAUCAACAUAAAUUCAACUUGAAACCCAAAGAUGAGAACCAUUAGUGACAGAUUGUCUCUAGAACACGAUGCAUCUGAUCGAAAAUAUAUGAAAUACUUUUAUCUGUAACAGAUUUAAGCAACAAGCUUAUCCUCCCGGGCGAAUCGUAAGAAAUGAAAUCUCUAUUAUUUUUCAGUAACUCAUAAUUGGUAUUUUGAAAACAUACAUGCAUUUGAAUUUUGCGAAUGUUCUAAAUUAUCUAAUCCACCAAUCUUUCUGUACAAUUUCAAUUCCAGUGAGGCAUAUGACGCAUUGGUGUUAUUCUCCCUAGGAAUUAACGAUGCAAUUGACUGAUAGUACAGCUAAUAUGAUGAUUUCCACCCUUAAUGAUCCGGAGGAGCCUUCCACACCGCAGUUAGAACAAACAGCUACAAGUGUUACAGGCUGCCUCACAAAUGUUCUUAAGUCUGCUGCAGGCUCAAGUCAGGACGACACAGACUCGGCAGUAACCCCACCCUCUCCAGAGGUAAAGAUCACAACUAUAGUUACAAAUACGACUACCACGGAGAUCAGUUCUUUUCUGCAUACAUUCUCUUAUUGGAAUUUCGUUUUCGCCAUCAAUUCAGGAUAAAUUAAUUCUAGGCAAUAGGGUUUACAUUAAGCGUACAAAACGGGGAGGCCAAUGAAGGCAGCGAAGAAGAAUUGUGAACUAAGAUUUAUGAGGUCUAAUAAAGUGGAAAAGUCAUCGGAUUAACUACGUCAUCAGGUGACCGAACAUCAUUCUUUGACUUUCCUUUCAGUUCGUGAAGAAGGCCUCAGAAAAACUGAGCAACAUGAGUGAUGCAUUUUUUGGCCGCUUGGUUCCAUCAGAAGAUCUGGUCCUAAAAACUCCAAACUUGGCAAUUUCGCUGAAAAAGGUCACAGCUAAUGAUGCAAAAGGACUCAGCAUGGGAGAUGGACCAAGUAAAUUCAAGCUCCCGAGCAGCCUUGGAAAUAUAGGUGGUGGAGAGAUAAAUGCAAAGGUAUAAUGCCAUUCUUAUCCGAAUUCACUUGAGAAUGACUCGAGUCAUCGCUGCCUUAAUUUGUAAUUACGCUUUCUUGUCUCCACGUGUACUUAAUUAAUAUGAUAAAAUGACAAAAUCUGUUUAAACCAAUUUUAUGUAUGCGAGCAAAUCUUCUGGAGUUAACCUUCUUCAGUAAAAUUACUAACACCAAAUCGUGUUCUCUUUCAGAUGCAAGCUGUUGAUUUUAACCCUUUCACUUGGGAUAAUAGCAGCAAGAAAAUCAAGUCACGCGUCACGAGUCUUGAGCUUAAAAGCAAUAGCGCGGAAAAGAUAAAUGUUUCAAACCUUGACAAUGACAUUGAGAUCUUGAUUCCCAUUUCAAGUCCACCUCAAAACUCCACCAACGGGACACAACAUAACUUUCUUAAGCCAAAUGAAAUCUCAGUUCGAAGUUAUUACGCAGAACUAGCCAAUGUUCCUAUAUCUCUUAAGUUGGGUAUAGCCAAAGCAGGAUUACAAUUCAGUCUGUUCAUAAAAUUUGGAAAAAGACCGACGAUAAAUGACUUUGACCACAAUUUUACAAUAGCGUUCACAUCAACAUGUAACAACCAAACAGAUGCUAAUGCAACUUGCUCUAUCAGAGAUAGCUCGGUUACAGUGAUCCCUUUUAAGCCAGGCUUCCUCUACGCGGGCUUAUUGUUUAAAAGCCCUAAGAAUGAAAGUCAACAUUCCAGGCAGAGGAGAUCCUGUUUUGGAAAUCGUCGCGAGAGACGGUCGUGUGUGGGCGUUAAAGAUCCACCACCAAAAGGAUUUCUUAGCUCUGUGAUUCCGAAAUAUGAUCCAGACACAGACGCUAACUACACUUUGACCAUCACUCAGUCGAGUUGUUUAUAUUGGUCAGAGAACACAGAAAAGUGGACCGCGGAAGGUUGCCGGGUAAAAAUAAAUUAUUGCAUAAAUUUUCUGCUGCUAAGUAAGCUUUACCGAGUAAAAUCCCACAUGCAAUUGUCACUGUUGCCUCCCUUCAAUGACGAUAGCAACCGAUAAGUCAUUCUUAACAUAUCUACGUGAGGGAUUUUUUGGUAUGAACAUUUCAGAUUUAACAUUUGGAUGCGAAUUAGCUAUAAAUUUAGCAUUAAAACUAUUAAUCAACUUGUUUGCUUUUUUGUCUUCUCUUUUGUGGCCAACGGGUCUCAGGAUUCAUUACUAAAGCAAUUUACCAAUUCAGCUCGGGAUUCAAGUUUGCUAAUUUAAUUAAGAUCGCGCUUGAGUUUAAUUUUGAAACAAUAAUUUACAAAAGUCGAGGUGGAUAAUUGUUUUAAUAUAUAUCAAACAGAUACGAAAAAAGUAGUCUGAUUCUUUCAUUAUACCAAAUAAUGGUAGGAAAACGAACUCUUGACCCGCGUUUUUGCAUCAUCGACUGCUCGAAGAUGAAUAGUACUUGCUAUUGACAUUCAAAAUAAAUAAUUAACGCACACGAAAACUGCUAAUCCCUUGUGUGCUAUGCGCUAAAGCACAGUAUAAUGUUCAAUUCUUUCGCUAAAUUGAUUCCUUUUCUUUUUGUUAAAGGUAAGCCAAGACUCGAACACCACCCAUCUCAAAUGUCUCUGCAAUCAUUUAACAUCUUUUGGUGGAAACUUCAUCCAAGCACCAAACCCAAUUGACUUCGACAAAGUUUUUACUGAGUUUUCAAACCUUGCUGAAAGUGGCAAUAUUUCAGUACUUGUGACAAUUGCCUGUUUUUUCCUUCUGUAUCUCGUUGUCUUAAUCUUUGCAAGGAGGGCCGACAAGAGAGAUGCAGACAAGGUAAUCAUAUCUUAACCUGCAAGACGUGUAAUUUGAAUUAUUUUGAUCUCUGAAUGUUGUUGUUGCUUUUUUUUUUUAGAUUUGCCCACCUAAAUUGAUACCACUUGUGAAGGAAGGAGCCUAUUAUUACGAUAUGGUUAUAAGCACCGGCGUUUGGAAACAUUCAGCAACAACAGCUAACAUAACCAUCAGUAUAAAGGGCGAAAAUUAUGAGCAGAAUCAAAUUCCAUUGAGGGAUAAAGGGGAGAGGAGCGAGCUUUUUGGACGUGGGAGUAUCAACGGCUUUGUGCUCGUGUUGAAAGAAUCCAUCGGCCCUUUAAAAGAAAUUACUUUGGAUCACGAUAAUUCGGGUGAUAAUCCAUCUUGGUUUGUAGAAACCGUAGUUAUCCAAGACCGUCAGACCGAAGAAAGGUGGGUUUUCCCUAUAAAUAGAUGGCUUGCGUUGGAAAAAGACGACGGCCAAAUAGAGGUUACUGUGGACAGCAAAUCUUACUCUGCCUUCUCCGCUCAGGUUCGUUCGCGCUUCGCCAGAAAAAUUGCCGACAGUCACUUGUGGAUGUCAGUGUUUGGAAAAGCAUGUAGCAGUACCUUCACACGUGUGCAAAGAGCUUCAUGUUGCCUUUCAGUUCUGUUUAGUGCAAUGAUAGCAAAUGCCAUGUUCUAUAACAUUGGUGGUGAAUCCGAUGGUGCGAUACAAGUUGGGCCUUUUAAGUUUUCUUGGAAACAGAUAGUCAUCGGAGUACAAAGUGGCAUUAUCAUUGCACCAAUAAACAUAAUAAUUGCCUUCCUGUUUAAGUCUAGCAGACGGAAGAAGAAAAGGAGUGAAAAAUACCAAGUAACAGACGAGGCCCAACGACUUUUGGAUGAAAUAACGGACACCGGUUGUUUGCUUCCCAAUUUUUUUGUUUAUAUGGGCUGGUUUCUUUGCUUCUGUACGACAAUGGCAGCAGCAACAUUUACGCUGUUUUACAGUCUAAUGUGGGGAAAAGAAACCUCUGAGCAGUGGCUUGCUUCUAUUCUAAUUUCCAAUGGACAAGAUAUUUUCGUUGUGCAGCCCACGAAGGUUAUGUUAGCCGUCAUCGUCAUUUCCUUUCUCCUGACAAAAGAACAAAGGCAAAUGCGAAGAAGAAGAAGAGACUGCUACCGAUCCACACGCAAUUGA